AUGUUUUACAAUUUUUCUUAUUUUAAUUUUUUAGUGUCAAAUGCAUUGAAACCACAACGGAAAACCUCAAUAACCGGAUUGACGCCUGCCACACAAUAUACUGUCAAGUUGGAAGCACACAACGUUGCCGGUUUUUCUACCGAAGAAUUUCAUUUUAUGACAUUAACCAAGGACGGAGAUGUACCACCCCCAGACUUAAUGAAACAGGGUAACGAAGACUCGCCGUUCUACUCGGACUUAAAAGUUUUGAUACCGCUAAUAGUAUUAUUUAUAGCGAUAAUCGUUUCUGUGGCGGGAGCGUUACUGUGCAUGAAACGUCGUUACAUUACAGGCCAGAACGAAUCAGCGAAGGAGCAGCUGGAUAACCAACAGAACGCUGAAGCGCAAAGGGAGAGGUACUAUGCAACGAUUCACAAAGUAGCUUUACAAGCUGGAGAGAAAAUACCAGAGACUUCUGAGGACAUAUCACCUUAUGCAACGUUUCAAUUAUCAGAGCCUAGCACUUUACCUCAAAAUACGAUGCUCCAUAGUUUUAUGUACCACGAACAUCCCAUGACUGAAGGUUGUGCGUCUCCUCCGCCAGUAACUUCUGUUCAACGAAACUCACCUUACUAUAAUAUCCAAAAAUUUCAAAGUACAAAAGGCCACGGCCGACGACGUGCCAAUAGAAAGACGGACGUGGACAGUGAUGACAGCGAAUCCGAUCAAGACCAAUUAACGUCCAGUAGGACUGAGUCUUCCAAUCACUUAGAUAUGAAACAUAAACAUAAUUUCCUUUAUCAUGGUGCUCAAUCAAGUACUUCAUCAGAUAUUUCACCGAUGUCUGACCAAAAAUCGCUUCCACGAAGGAAUAGAAAUAGAAGAUCGCCGUACCAGUAUUACCCCAGGAGCGCUCUUUGUCCUUCGUCCAAACCAGGGUCCCUGCUCCAAGGAACGCCUUUUAGGCCAGUGCCAGUGACACGUUGCCCGCACCUUCCCACUGGUAGGGCUGAGUGGCAGACAGACAAGCCACGAGGUGGUUAGCACAAGGAGGCAGGAGCAACUCCCAACGACAGAUGUUGAGCCAUCUUUCGGUGGCCGAAACGCCGUUCACCGAAAGGCCAGCGGAUCAAACGACUCCCGAUCGGCCCGAACUGAGCGAAGCCGAAUGCGACAUCGAUACGCUCAAAAAGCUCAAACUCGGUUUGAGAUCCAGCCUAUGGUCGAGGCCCGCCACCGGGGGUUCGGGCCAACCAACCGAUUACUCUAUUGCUGUGUAAAUAGGAUUAAAACAUUUCGGCAUAUUUUCGAUAUAUAUUGUAUUAACCAGUUACGUUAUGUGUUUUUUGAGUCUACGUCAACUUUUUAGGAAUCCUGCAAACAACGCCAUCUAUCCCUAUCUGUAACUCAUAAGCCUUAGACUAGGAAAGAGAAGGGGCACUCGACUCACAACUCAUAUUUCAGACCGACGCAGAGGAUUAGUACCACAUAUUUCUAUAAGGUUUCCGAUUUCGGUAAAAAAUAUCGAUUCUUAGUAUCGAAUUAAAUUAUAGAGCCAAAUAUCGAUCUAUUGAAGAUCUAUUCAUUCUAUAUAAAAUUAGUUUAAACUAAGUAGAAAGUAUCCAAAACAAAAU